UUCAACCACCUACUAGUUUGGGACUUGAAGUAAGACCUCAGAUACUUAGUGAAGAAAAAAAUAAUAAUCCAUUAAGAAUAAUCGGAUUAAACUAUCGAAGAAAAGGAAGCGAUGAAGGAAAACUUCAUAUAUUUCAACUGAAAAGGUCUACUAGAAUGCCAUUAUAUAAACGUAUAUAUAACAAGGAUCAGCAGUGA